UCUUCUCUGCUCAUCUCAUAUCUCUUCUAGGUAAUCAUUGGAGGAAGCCUUUCAGUUAAAGCCUCAGAUUUAAAGAAAUGUAAGACUGUUUUGAUUGAGAAGAAGGUAUAAUAGGUUAUAAAGUCAAAGUUUCAGCAAAGCAACUCAAAGCUCACGUUUUGAUUUCUGAGAUGCCAAUCGAGAACCAAGAAGAGCUCAGUCUGUAUGACUUGCUGUGGGUCCACAGCAUGGACAUUGUGAACCUGAUAAUAAACACCAACUUCUUGACUGAUAUGAACCUGAACACCUUGCAGGCAGAGCGCUAUACUAAUAUGACAAUUCAAGAUGUCUACUAUAUCAAAGCUGUGUAUGACAUCCUGAGCACUGUGGUCAAGGAGCCAUGGUUGCCUGAAGAUCUGAAGGAAUUUUUUAGCCACAUAGCUGAUGGCUACUAUCGAUUUUACAAGGAAAUGUUGAUAGAAACAAGGCUAAAGAACACAGACAGCAUUAUGCCCAAUGAAGCCGUCGCCGAGUAUGUGAGCUCAUACCAAAGAGUGGCACAAUUAGAGAGGAAUAAAAUAUACAUGGUGAUUGCACUGCUGCCUUGCUCUAGACUCUGGCCCUACAUCUCAGAGCACCUGAACAUCACAGAGGACAGCCCCUACUACGCCUUCAAGAAGAACAACGCUAAGGACGGCUCACGGGAGAAGUAUGAGAAGUUACUUGAGGACCAUCGGAAGGAAAUCUGUGAGAAUACGGCUUUGGAAAUCUUCCGCUCUCAGAUGAAUUGUGAGAGAAAGUUCUUCACAAGUUUUUGAGCUCAAAGCCUUUUGAUAAUAAAAUGUGUCCCACACUAUUAAUUUUGGACAUUCACCUUUUUGUGUUGAUGUUCAGUCCAAAAAGGUUUGGUUGUUGUUAUGUAUUAAAUAAAAAAGGCAAAAUAAU